CCCCCGCAAAGAGUGAUGCACGCUGGGUGCGCCAAGCAAAUUCCCCUCUACGGCUUCGAAUCCUCCUUUAUUCUCGCGCUGCGGAACUCGUCGCCGCGGCUGGCCCCCGACACCGCCUGCACUAGUAGAGCCGCGCCCCCGUCCCGCGUCCGCUCCUCCGCCCCCACCACUCACCUCCCUCCCCCAGGACCCAGGUCCCCACCCGCCCACCCACCCAUCCCGCGCCGCGGCGACCGGGACCUCCACUCCUUGUCCUGCCCUCACCGCGGGUACCCGCACCGCGCAGCGACCCCCCUGCCCCGCCCCUUCAAAAACCCAAAUCUCUCCCACGAGCUCGGGCCUCGCCGACCACCACCGCACCGCACCGCAUUGGGUACGGACCCCGGCCGAGCGGCGUGUCGGUUGAUCUCUCGCGCGGCGAUGUGGCGUUCGGCGGCGCGGCGGUCGUCGCAGAUCCGGCGGCUCCUGUCGUCGUCCGCAUCCCCGACGGGCCCCCUCGCCACCGUGCCGGGGCCCUGCAUCGUGCAGAAGCGCGGAAACGACAUCCUCAACGACCCAUGGUACAACAAGGACACGGCGUUCCCCUUGACGGAGCGCGACCGCCUCGGCCUCCGCGGCCUGCUCCCGCCGCGGGUCAUGUCCUUCGAGCAGCAGUACGAGCGGUUCAUAAACUCGUACCGGUCGCUGGAGAAGAACACGCGGGGCGAGCCGGACUCCAUCGUCGCGCUGGCUAAGUGGAGGAUCCUCAACAGGCUGCACGACCGGAACGAGACAUUGUACUUCAGGGUGCUAAUCGACAAUAUCAAGGAUUUUGCACCCAUUAUAUACACUCCCACUGUCGGCUUGGUCUGUGAAAAUUACAGUGGUCUGUUCAGACGGCCUCGUGGGAUGUAUUUCACUGCGAAGGAUAAGGGGGAGAUGAUGUCGAUGAUUUACAACUGGCCACAAGAGAAGGUUGACAUGAUAGUCGUGACUGAUGGGAGUCGCAUUCUAGGCUUAGGUGACCUUGGUGUUCAGGGGAUAGGCAUACCUAUUGGUAAACUGGAUCUUUAUGUUGCAGCUGCUGGUAUUAACCCACAAAAGAUUCUUCCAGUAAUGCUUGAUGUGGGAACAAAUAAUGAAAAACUUCUGGAGGACAAUCUAUAUCUAGGACUGAGGCAACCCCGGUUGGAAGGAGAAGAAUACAUGGCCAUUGUAGAUGAAUUUAUGGAGGCUGUCCACGCACGUUGGCCUAAAGCAGUUGUGCAGUUUGAAGACUUCCAAAUGAAAUGGGCCUUUGAGACUCUUGAGAGGUAUCGGAACCGAUUUUGCAUGUUCAAUGAUGACGUACAGGGUACAGCUGGUGUUGCUCUAGCUGGCCUACUUGGUGCUGUUAGAGCACAAGGCCGACAUCUACACGAUUUUCCAAAUCAAAAGAUAGUCGUCGCGGGAGCUGGAAGUGCUGGGAUAGGUGUGCUAAGCAUGGCUAAACAGGAAAUGUUAAGGAUGAAAAGUGGGGAAGGACAUAAUCAAUUCUGGGUUCUGGACAAAGAUGGCCUUAUUACGAAAGAUAGGAAGGAUCUGGAUCCUGCAGUGGCACGUUUUGCCAGAGGCCAUGGUCCGGAUGAGAUCCCAGAUCUCCAUGAGGGGGCUAGUCUUGUUGAAGUGGUCAGGAAAGUGAAGCCUCAUGUGCUUUUAGGACUGUCUGGAGUUGGGGGCAUAUUUAACGAGGAGGUUCUCAGGGCUAUGAAAGAAUCUGAUUCUCCACGCCCUGCAAUUUUUGCAAUGUCCAACCCAACUACUAAAGCUGAAUGUACACCUGAUGAUGUAUUCAAGCAUGUUGGAGAGAAUGCGAUAUUUGCUAGUGGAAGCCCUUUCAGUAACGUUUCUUUAGGAAAUGGUAAGACAGGCUAUGCUAAUCAAGCAAACAACAUGUAUCUAUUUCCGGGGAUUGGUUUAGGAGCUCUCCUUUCAGGUGCUCGGCAUAUUUCAGAUGACAUGCUUCAAGCAGCAGCUGAGUGCCUCGCAUCAUACAUCACAGAUGAUGAAAUUCAAAAAGGAAUCCUCUUCCCUUCAGUCUCCAGUAUCCGGCACAUCACCGCACGUGUGGGCGCAGCAGUUGUCCGUGCCGCUGUUGCUGAAGACCUGGCUGAGGGGUACCGCACUGUGGAUCCUAAGGAUCUUGCGAGCAUGUCAGAGUCACAAACGGUGGACUACGUCGCUCGGAAUAUGUGGUACCCGGUUUACAGCCCCCUUGUGAACAACAAAUAAAUUGGAAAAAUCUCACGGGCUGCACUGAAGCAGAUGUCCCUGACAUUCCAUCCGAAGGAAUGUAUCAGACUUAGGCAUUUGUUUUGGCUACUUGUUUUGGUUACUUGUUAUCACCAAAGAAUGCUCAAUUUUGAGAUCCGUUGAUCUUCAUACUGCCACAGUAAGUGUACUUAUCAUGAUUAUUGUAAUAAGCAUCAGACACCGGAGCUUCUCUAUA